CCCUAACAAAGGUCGAGGCCUCACUGAACAAGUGGUCAGGGUUAGCUGCACAAGCAUGGGCUCAGUGACAGACCCACACAGUAACACCUCACAUUGCACCAACACCAGGAAUGGAGGGUGGGGAUUUCAUGCGAUGCACCCAACCAACGACAUACGCAAAAGCAGCUGCAAGCUAGGAAGUGUGAAUGCCAUUGCCCAUGGAUCACGUGAAAGGAUCAUGGGUACAGUGAUCUCAGUGUCGCAUUUUAAGAACCCAAAAUUUUUUGAACCAAUUGUGGCAUGUGGCUUAUAUAAGUGUGACGGAAAAGUCGGGGGUGUUUGGGAAGUUUUUGACGUUUAUCCGCACGCGAGUAAUCCGUCCGUGCCUUUCAGAAGAUGAACAGUGUAGGUGGGUGAGUUCAUUUCCGGAUGCAUUGUCCCCUAGGUGUCCACAUUUUUCAUAUCUUCAGUUUUCCAAAACAUUUUCAGUUCCUUGCCAGGAAUGUGACAUAUUUUGUGAAAUUCCAAGCUGUUCGCUGAGCAUGAAAUCUGACUGACACACGUGACGAAGACAUACGCAACAAUCAAAGUUUUUGUUUGUGUUUUUCUUGUUGGGUUGGACAUCGUCUUUCACUGGACGAGUUUGUUGAAAACAAACUAUAUACUUGUGUGGACAGUGGAACAAUUAUGCUUUUACUUGCAUCGGCUUUCAGUGUCCACUUUGUGGUGUUCUAUGUUUGUUGCUUUCCGGAGUGGCACUCAGUAGCAUGACCUUUGACCAACCACUUUUUUCAGCCUUUGCAGUUUCAAAAGCAGGGGCCAAAAGGGACUGGACUUGCACAAUCUGGUGUGUCCAUGUUAGUCCUCCCCUUAAGCAACGGCCAUGACGGUGGUCUGGGAUCUUCGCUCUUUGUCCGUCUUUGGUGUCUAGCCCAGCUGGUGGCCGUCUCUUGGCAUUGGCCUCGGCAGAGGGACUUCUACGCCUGGUUCCACCAGUCCCAGCUGUCAGAGGCACGGCGCCGGGGCCUGGCGACCUAUGGCUAUCCCGUCUUCGGAUUCAUCGAGGUACCCCGUUGGUCGUUGAACGAACUGGAGGUCAUCACCCAGCUCUACCGGGUGGUCUUACUCUCAGGGUUUCUGGCACCGCUGUGGAUGGUACCAUGUGUUCCGGUGUUGGGGUUGAUCUUGAGCAUCUUCUACCACGGUAGCCUCUGGGCUGAGCGCGCCUCCUCGCAUCACCGGGGCAUUCUUUCAGUGACGCUGUGGAUGUACUUGACGCUGGCGCCGGAUCUGCCGCAGGCGCUGGCCGCCUUUCGGGCGCACAUCAGCACCAUUUAUGCCAUGUCGGUGCUCCAGAAGAGCUUCUGCUCUGCCUACCGUGGACGCUCGUGGGCCAGGUGGUCUCUGCAUGGUUUCUUAUGGAAAUCCAUGUGGGCGAAGCCCUACUUUCCAUCCCUACAGCGCUUCCUUUUCCUGCGCCCUGCUGUGGCGCAUCUCUUGGGUUGGACUUCGGUGCUGCUGGAGCUGGGACCUCUUCUGGUGCUGCUGGCGCCGCAGGUGGCGUGGCUGCAGUGCUGCGUCUAUGGCGGGUUGAUGGCCAUGCACCUGGCAGUGCUGCUCUUGCAGGGCAUCGAUUACGUGAGCUAUUGGACUCCGAACCUCAUGGUGGGGCUUCUUUGCUCCGAUGCGCCCCUUUCGGUGCUGAGCAACGCCUGGACGACCGCAGCCACUGGGCCUUGGGGCGUUUGGGUCUUGGUGCCGAUGCUGACACUGCUGGGUGCGCAGCUGCUGUUUGCCCUAGGUAUGGCAGAGAACUUCAAUAUCAACCUCCCACCCCUCAUGUCCUGCCCCAUGUUUGUGACCAUUGCCCGUUUGGACGACCGAUGCCAUCAGCACUAUGUGAUGACGGUAGAUGGAUCCAUUCCCUACGAACGCAUCGAAUGGAUGUAUCCCUUCGUUCGAGCCGAGUAUGGCAUGGCCUUGACCCAAUCGGACGUGGCACAUUUCCCGAUGCCCUUCGUGGCCUUUGGCUGGGGCGGCUCUUUGGAAGGGGCUCCAGGGCUCUUUCACCACUUCUUCCGCGAGAUCCGUGGCUUUUAUCUCAUCACCAACGUGCGCCACUUGCCCAAAAGCCUGCAGUCUCAGUUGAGAUCCAUCGUUUUGGACUUGCACGCGGGCGGCCGCGCGGGAAACCAGAGCCACCGCCCUUCGCCCUACGAGAACCUGGCCUCGCUGGCCGACCGCUGCGCUAUGGCGCGCCGGGCCUUCCGCCAGCACGUGGCGCGCACGGCGCGGUGCCACGACGGCGGCAGGGGCGCGACGGCCAUGUGGGCGGAGGAAGCGCUGCGCGGCGAGCGUUUCGAACGGACGACGACGGCGGCGACCCGUCGGGUCAAGCGCGAGGGUGCCGGACACCUUGGCCGGUGUCGUGACGGGACGUGCAUUACGUCUCGUGAAGGGCGGCGCGGCGUACGAAGAAAGGCGUGGGCGCGGCCCCAUCAGCUUCCGGCGAAGAAGCCAUGGCAUGCUUCGUGUAUAGCGAACUUGAAGCGAUCUCAUCGAGCUCGGUAGCCUCGAAGAGCACUGAUUUUGGGGGCCCCCAUGUUGAUGCGUUGUGGUAGAAAAGGAAGUCUGAACUCUGUGAAACAUUCUCAGCCUCAGCAGUGCUUUUUGGGUUGUUUCCUGGCCUCUGGUGCAGUUGUGCAGCAUCAAACUGGGGGCUCUUUCCAUGUUUACCUCCCUCCCUAAGCUCCAUGCAACACUCCACCGAUGUACAGUCGGCCGCACAGAACUUGCAGCUCUUCGCUGUGCGCCGAGAGAGUUGCGUUGCAGACUGGGCAUGUCGGAAGUUGUGCAACAAAA